UCUUGACAGAUAAAGUGACUGUGUAGUUCCAGUUGUGGUGUAGAGCUAGAAUAUCCAGCCAGGCACUGACCCUAGUGUAGGCUAGACCUUAGCCUAGGCCAUAGGGUGGUAUGAUGCUCACGGUCUCACACUGAAGAGAGUAGCCUAUUAUGGUCGUAUCCAUGUAAAUCCAAGGUCCCGUGACUGUUGCGUAAGAGCUGGCCGGAGCGAAAAGUGGAGAGUAGAGGUCUACGCACAAUGUAGGUGUGAUUGAUCCAGGACAGGACGUGGCUAGGAGGGGGCACACGGAGAGGGAAAGAGUGGACGCGCAGCUUCCGCUCCCAACUCUAGCCGUGGGUACUGACUGUACUUCGUACCUGCCUGCUAGGCACACUAUUUGUUGUGGCGUUCAUCCAUAUUUCCGUUCCUUGGAGAUCUGACUGCAACUCUAAAGCGGAUUCUCAUUUCGCUCGCCCACAUAGCACAGCUUCGCCACUAUCUACCUGUUCUCUGUACCUGAUUACCCUCUUGCAACACUCUCCAGCACUGGGGACGUACGCGGCGGUGCAGCAGGAGCAGAUGUGUAAGGCCCUGAUGCCAAGAGCAGGUACAUUGUGCAUGUGACAGCUUUCUGGUUGUGGUCAUUGCUGCUACGGACCGAGCAACCCUAUACAGCUAUAGACAUAAUCUGCAGAAGAGGUAUUGCGCUCGCGUCGCCAUUGCUGUAGCCACAGAGCAUUGGUAACACCAGACCGAGGUGGAUUUUACUGCUACUGUAAAUCGUCCCCGUGGCGGUGUCGGAAUGGCCAGCGUCGUGUCCCAUACUGUCCGCCGUCUGAUACUACCGCGGCAUCCGCUCGCCAUGGCAACGAAGUGCAGCGUGAUGCUGUGUCUGACGGCCAUGCUGGUCUCGGCACUAGCAUGGUGGUCAGUAUUGUCGUCGUUUGGGUCUCACCGAGUUCGAGCGACCAGGGAAUGGCCCCGCAUUCAGAUAGCGCUGGCCGCGGGGCAAGACCCGGGCAAGCUGGCACGGUGUUCAGUUGUGGUGCUUGCACGCGGGGAGUUCCCAGGUGUACUCUGCAAACCAGAGACUGCAGUGGAGACUGUCAAUCCAUCGGGGACUUCAUCUGGUCGGAGAACGCCUCAGGAAAGCGCCCAAAUUCGCAUUGGAGACUCUAGUGCGCACAGAAUGGCUCAAGACAACAGCCAGACACCCUUGCUCAAUGGAUCACCACAGCAUGAUGGACUGCAGGGUUCCAAAUUCGAGAAGUCCGCCGUGACCGCGACCAUUACGUCAUUCGUCAAGCAGAACGACGUAACUGGGGCAAAUCCGCCCAAGUCCGGAGCUGAUCACCGCUACCAAGAUGGAAUCUCGCGGACAUCCCCUGGUGCCGUGGCAGGCAGGCGCAAUCCAGGUCGCCCAACCGUAGCAAUGUGGAAGAUAGCCGAGGCAGCCAUGGAGAAGCUAGCCAUGUCCGAUGACCUCCUAAACAUGGGUCACAAUAAGACACUGACCUUUGCUGAGCAGAUGCGAUUCAACGGCUUGCUACGACUCAGGAAUAGGCUUCGUCGUGAACAAGAACAAAAAAGCCAAGAUAAAGUACCGCCAGAGCAUCCUGGAGUUGUCGCACCAACCAACACCAACCACAACCCGUCUGAGCCCCUAUCUCCGCGCAGUCGUGCGGUGUCUGCUACUGGCCCGUUUGAGCGCAGCGCGAGCAUGCACACAGUUAAAUCAGGGCUCCAACUGAGCAUAAGGGCUGAAAGCCCUAAGUUGGUGGAUCGCAAGAGACCGUUACAAGAGGGUCUCCCACCCAGCCAAGUCAAGCAGCAGACGGUGGUUACCACACCAGCGUAUCAAAACCCUCCAGAUAGUCUGGAGGGACAGGUGGAGCGGGCCGCUCGCAACUUUCCACGUCCGGGUAUCGCCCGCUAUAUUGCCGCGCAGAACAUUGCCACAGCUCAGCGACUACAACAAGUGCUCCAGCACCGACUGUCACUGGCAGAACGACCAAGGUCGCCAGGGCGGGAGGCACCGCGAGCAUCCGAACAGGUUGGCAAUGUGCCCUCUGCACUUGCUGAAGUCGACGCCCUGUCCAACACAGGCAACGCACUGGUGAUGGAACAGUCUGAAAGUGCACCGGCUGAUGAUCUCUAUUCCGAAACGCAUCGCAUCCUACGCAUGAUAGACGAGAGAGCAAGGUGAUUCCCCUGUAGGCUCCUACAUUAAUUAUGACAAAAUCUGAUUAUGUACAGUACUUUUGAAGUAUACAAUGCUUCCAUACUACAGAAAGAGGCGAGAACUCCACUUAUUGUGGGAUCAGCAAGAAUUGAACAUAUUCCAUGCACGGCGGACAACUAAAAUCCAUCGCCUUCAGCAGUAGAUAGAGUUGGUGUUGGUUAUUUUCCCUGUGUGCCAUUUUCGUGCUAUAUUCAGCUCGCAAAGUUUACAAAUUUCAAUUAUUCCAAAUGACACAUACUAUUGAUAUCAGUAUCCAAAACAAUUGAGCUCGAGUGCCGCUGGCUUUUCAUUACCACUUGAUUUUUACACUGAAUUGUAAUCUCACUUUGCUCCAUGCAUUUGGAAUAAAAUGUACUCUGGUUUCAUCCUAUUCUCCACAGAACAUGAGUCGUGACGACCGAA